GCUACCGCUUCAGCUGCACACGCCCAUCUGUCCAUCCAUCCAUCCGCAUGUCUGCCGCGAGCUGCUGCCGCCACCGCCGCUACACUUGCAUCCAUGAUCCGUGCGUUGCUGUCCGUGGCCGAAAGGCGUUGGGUUUCGGGUGGGUACCAAACCCAACACCAACCAACCCAACCCAACCCAACCCAACCCAUCCCAUCCGGAAACCACUCCUCCUUUCCCAUCUCUUUCCUACCACCACAGAGGCACCCUGCCAUGGUGCCGUACUCCACGACCAUGCCAAUAUAGUAGGAGUGCUACUGCUACUGCUACUAGCAGGGGCAUUGCGCCAUGGUGUAGUACUGCUACUUCUCUACUCCUAUAGUCGUAGUCUUCUUUCCUUGCCAGGUCCCCUCUCCUUUGCUUGCACCGAACUGGGCGACCAGUGGUCGGGCCGGCCGGUUCUGUCUCGAGCGCGCGCGCGCACCUAACGCACUUUUUUUGCUGAAAUUAAGGCUUGCCACCUGCUCUGCUAUCUACUUGCUCGAGCAGGCAAGCCGUCAAGUCAGGAGCCAGCGCCGGAUUGCACGUUGGUUUGGUAAUUGGUUGCGGCGUUGUUCGCGCGCGCGGCUGCCAUCUCGGCCGUGGACGCCAUGAGCAAGGAUCUGGCGCAGCGGCGGUUCAUCUCCAUCCCCUUCUCCUUCGGCUGCCGCUCCCACUCCAGCGUCGACGUCGUCGACACCGCCCGCCACGCCGCCGAGAAACCUCAAGCGAGCGAAUUAGGGACGGCGACGGGGAAGGGGGAGUCGCUGGUGGCGCGGCUCCUCAGGGGGUUCAAGAGCCUGUCCCAGAUCUUCGCGGUGUACGACGAGGACGACGAUGAGGAGGAGGAACGGGAGAUGGUGAUCGGGCUCCCCACGGACGUCAAGCACGUGGCGCACAUCGGGUGGGACGGCAGCACCAACACCACCACCAGCGUCCGCUCCUGGAACCGCGCCGCCCCGCCACCUCCGGCGUCCACCGCGUCCACCUCCGCCGCGCCGCCCCAGCAGCAGGAGCAGCAUCCGCUUCCCAUGCCGCCGCUCUCCAUGCGGCAGUUCGAGCUCGCCAUGGCCGCGCAAGCCGCGGGCGGCGCCGGCACCACGCCCGGGAGCAGCAGCACGAGCACCGCCUCGCACCGGCGUCACAGCUAGCGUCGCGACGCGAGCGGAGCUAGGUUGGCACGUCUGUCCUUGGCCGGUCGCUCAUCAGUCGUCACAAGCCGUCGUCCGUUUCUGCCGUCCGCCUCCACAUGGGGAGGGAGCUCGUGGUGGCCUCUUCCUUCCAUCCGUCGUGGUCGCCGUGUCGGAGUUGCUGCAUGCUACGUUUGCUUCUGCUUUGGCCAUUGGUGCGGUGCGGUGUACGUAGCCAUUUUUUCCGGUGAAUUUUUGUUGGCUUGCUACUUGUUGCCUUGCCCUGUUCCUUGUUAAAUCUUACUCAAAUGCUCGGUUUAUUUGGUUCA